AUGCUCUCAGUACAGCAACAGCCGCCACCGGCGCUUGCUUCAAGCACGCUUCCGCUCGAAUCCAUCGCGCGCGCUCUGCCAGAUCAAGUGCCCGAAAACGCACCCGCCCACUGUCCAGGAACCGAAUCCGAACAAGCAGGCAAGGCCGACGCGUGCGCAGGCUGUCCGAACCAAGAUGCGUGUGCUUCUGCACCUAAGGGACCCGAUCCGGAUCUGCCUCUGAUCAAAGAAAGAAUGUCGAGGAUCAAGCACAAGAUCCUGAUCAUGUCAGGUAAAGGUGGCGUGGGCAAGAGCACCUUCACUGCGCAACUGGGUUGGGCGUUCAGCUCGAGGUUCUCGGGUAAUUCCGUAUACGAAGACCAUGUUGCAGAAGAGACCAAGCAUGCAGCAAACGGCCAAGGUCAGCAAGCGGCGGAUUGGGAUGCGGAAAAGCAGGUGGCCAUCAUGGACAUCGACAUUUGCGGUCCUUCGAUCCCGACCAUCUUGGGCCUGGCCGGACAGAGCAUACACUCGACCUCACAGGGUUGGUCGCCCGUCUAUGUUUCGGAUAAUCUAUGUGCUAUGAGUAUCGGAUUUCUGCUGCCUUCAGCUUCGUCAGCUGUGAUCUGGAGAGGACCCAAGAAGAAUGGACUGAUCAAGCAGUUCCUCAAAGACGUCGAUUGGACUGCUGGUCUGGAAGAAGAUCAAGACGAGGAGCAUGAGAACCCAGCUGUGUCUUCACUCGAAUCUGGAUGCGUACCUAUACCCGACUCUGCCGCUGCGGCUGCCGCUGCUGCUACUUCUACAACACCACCGACGCUCAUUGAUUACAUGCUCAUCGACACGCCGCCCGGCACGUCCGACGAGCAUCUUUCCAUCGUGUCCUACCUGAAGCAGUCUGGCAUCACCGGCGCGAUCCUCCUCACCACUCCACAAGAAGUAUCACUCCAAGAUGUCCGAAAGGAAAUUUCAUUCUGUCGAAAAAUGGACGUGCCCAUCUUGGGCAUAGUCGAGAACAUGGCUGGGUUCGUUUGCCCGAGCUGCACCGGUUACAGCGAAAUCUUCUAUCCAAGCACGGGCGGUGCAAAGGCGCUUUGCGACGAGUUGGCGUUGACCUUGUUGGGCAGCAUUCCAUUGGAUCCCAGGAUUGGCAAGAGUUGCGACUUGGGCCUCAGCUUCUGUGACGAGUAUCCGGAUAGUCCGGCGACCAAGGCGUAUUUGGAGGUUAUCGCCAGGGUCAGAGCGUUGGUGGAUUCGUGA